UGGCAUGUAGGGUCUCUGAAGGUGUAGUUCAUGGUUUAGUUUGACUGCAGUUUCUUGUCACGCGUGUAGGAGUCGGAUAAGCAAAGCCCUGAAUGAGAAAGAGAAAAGGAGAAGCUGCUCAUUCCAGUAAUGAAUCUUAAUCUAUAGCAUGGAGGAAGGCAGUGUGGACAUUAAGGAAGAGGACUGCAGGUGGGAAUCUGUGUUCCAUCAGCAGGAAAGUCCUGCUGUUAUGGAGGAGGAUUGUGAGUUCGUAGUAAAAGACAUUAAAGAAGAACCUUCACCAGUAUUUCAUAGAAAUUUUAUGCAAAAAGAUGAAACAGUAGACAAUAUCAAAGAAGAACAGGUUAAAUCAGUGGCUGGUGUACGUCAGUCAGACAUUGCACCACAUCAUUCUGUAUAUGUGAAGUCUGAAUCUUUGGAAUUUGACAUGAAGAGAUCAGAACAAUCCUCAGGGUCAAGUCUCACUGGUGGAGAUUUACAAGACAUUGGCACCAUCUCCUCAUCUUCAUUUCCUCAGACAUCUAAGCAGUGCAGACCAGAACAAACACAGCAACAUGAAAAUGCAAAGAUAUUAAAAUCGGGACUUGAGCUUUUGACGCUGGCCACUUUGCAGCGGAGUUCCUUGUCUGUUGUGAGACUAACAAGGGCUGAUGAAAGGAACACCAAGGAACAGAGGUGCAGUACAAAUUCAUCUGCUUUGUCUGUUUUACAAGAGCAGAAGAAAAGGUUUAAUCCAAAAAGUAAACUCAGGGAUAAGCAUGAUAGUCCUUCAAGAAAGAAGCCACAUUGCUGUUCUGAAUGUGGCAAGCGGUUCUCUUCCCAUAGUUGUCUUCGCAUUCACACAAGAAUUCACACUGGAGAGAAGCCAUACUGCUGUCCUAAAUGUGGAAAGAAAUUUUCACAGUUUUUUGGUCUUCAAUCACACACAAGAAUUCACACUGGACAAAAGCCAUACAGCUGUCCUGAAUGUGGCAGGCGGUUCUUGCAAACAAGCACUCUUAACACCCACAUGAGAAUUCAUAAUGGGCAGAAACCAUACUGUUGUUGUGAAUGUGGUAAAGGAUUCACUACUAGUGGCAGUCUUCAUGUUCACAGAAGGAUUCACACUGGGCAGAAGCCAUAUCGCUGUCCUGAAUGUGGAAAAGAAUUCACCUCCAGUGGUGGUCUUCAGAAACACAGAGCAAUCCAUACAGGAGAGAAGCCAUAUGGGUGCUCCGAAUGUGGAAGACAAUUUCUCCGCCGUAGCAAUUUGAAGACACACACAAGAAUUCAUAGUGGAGAAAGGCCAUAUUGCUGUGCUGAAUGUGGCAAACGAUUCACCACCAAUGGCAGUCUUAACGUUCACAAAAGAAUUCACACUGGAGAGAAGCCAUAUCGCUGUUCUGAAUGUGGAAAGGAAUUUACCUCCAGUGGUGGUCUUCAAAAGCACACAGGAAUUCAUUCGGAUGAGAAGCCAUAUUGCUGUUCAGAAUGUGGAAAAAAAUUCACCUUUCGUGCCAGUCGUCAGAGACAUAUGAAAAUUCAUGCACACAGAGACACCACCAACUUUCAGGAUCACUUUACUUGAAAGUAGGCAAGAAAUAGAACUUGCCAGUCUCAGAGAUGCAUUGAGACCACACUCAAGACUAAAAAACAGAAAAUGAGAAAGCGUUAGUCACUUGGCACGUAACAAUACCAACUGACAGGAAAAUACAUGUCAGAAAUAGUCAAAAAGUUAAAGAAUCUGAUAACGUGGGGGAUCAUUGAAGUUUCAGUUUUAAAUGAUUACUCCAUACUCAAAGUGGAAAGUCAAAAAAUAAAACUAAGAAAUGCAUUCUGAGAUUAGUGAGAUGUGGAAUAAAACAAUUGAGAUUGUGCUAGUGGUGCUGAGAUCAACAGACUUUACCAAUAAAUAACUCACAUGCCCAUCUGACAUCCUACCAAUUACCAUCGAUAUAUUCAAACCACAGAAGGAAGCACUUUUAGGGACAACGUAUGACUUAGGCUGAGUUCUGGCAGCAAAUUUAAAAGAAUAACAACAGCAGCAGUG